UGGACCACGCUUAAUUUUUAAGGACGGUCCUUUUUUGGACCACACUUAAUUUUUAAGGAUGGUCUAUAUUUUUUGCUUUUGAAAGAAAAAAUGAAUACAAUAAUAACAAAAGAAAAAGCCAGCUGUAUUUUCUAUAGAAAAAAAUAUACAUCUGAUGUUGCAAAUGAAUGUACAAGUAAGAUCGAGAGAAUGGAAGACGUUGAUUUGUGCUUCACCACUAAUGCAUUGCAUCAUUGCAUAAUGAGUGAAGCAACAAUCUAUGGAGAUUUACAACAGUACCAUCUCUAUACGACCGCAAAGGAACUAGAAGAGAGUAAUAAUAAUGAUAAGGAAGACGAUGGCAUUAUAAAAUUUGAAACCAGAGCUCAAAUUAAAGAGUUCAUUAAUGCUGCAUUCCAGCCAGUUACUGAAAAAAAUUUUAAUGAUGAUCGUUUUUCAAAACAGAAAUUGUCUACAGAGUCAAUAUUCACAAUAGUGCACAGGUACACCAGUGAAUUUAAGACUGACAAUUCGUUCAGUACAUGGUGCUCAACUGCUGGCUUUGGUUUUUUGCUGGUCGAAUGCUCAAGAAAAACGUUGAAAGGUAGUAAGGGAGAAAAGGGAAGAAAUCGUUUAUUGAACGUAUUAAAGCAGAAACACCAUGCACAUUUAGCCAAGACUAUAGCAAGUGCCCUUAUAAAAUACCAAUCAAAAAUAUUGGAUAUGAAGAAAAAAGGGUUCACAAUAGUUGGCUAUUGUCGGAAGUCUGUGCAAAAACGAAAGUCAAAAAAACAAGUAGAGUUAUUGCAAGCAAUGGUAAACAACUUGUAUGAACGGUCUUUGGCAGACUAUGUAUUCGUUUCACCAAUGAAUAAUGCGAACAGCCUCUUCUCUUCUCGAGACCUUGAAUGUGACAUGAAUAUUUUAAGUGAAUUAAAGAGCAUUCAUGGCAUCUCAAAAGACAUGCUACACCUCAUCACUAACAGACAUAAAGUUUGUUUGGUCACUUGCGAUUAUGCGGGUCUUACAACAAACAACACCGACCUCCAAGCAGUAUUAACGCACAAUGUAAAUAUUGAAAAAAUAGCAGUCGAUUUGUAUUACUACGACAAUCGCUUCGAUAUGCUAGAUCGUAAUGAUUUGUUGAAAGAUCCUAGCAUGUUGAGUCAAUUUGGUGAAAGUCGUACGGCGUUCAAGCAACGUCAUUUAUAGAUAAACUAUUAUUAAAUUCAUUUAUUUGUAUCUUUUAUAUUUUGAAGGUUUAGAAUCAAUUGCUGCGUUUGAUUGUAUGAGAGGUGUUGUGAUUGUAGUAGCCUUUAUAAUCAAGUUAACGGAAAUAAAUCAUCAUUUAUUACAUAAUAAAGAGUUUUGAUAAUAGUCAUUGUUAGAAUGUUCGAG